CACUUACACCACAAGCUGAAAUUUAUGAAAAGUAUGAAUAUAAUGAUGAUGGGUCUAAUAUAAUUACUAAUAUAAUUACUACACCACUAGAUGAGAUUUAUGAGUAUGAAAAUGAUGAUGACAGAUCUCUUGUAAUUACUUCGGAAGCUUUAAAUAAAGCUAAA